AGAGCCGCCCUUAUCAUCAGUCUCUGAGUCUCUAGUUCUACCGCUCCGGCUACAGCGCACCGAGAGAGUGAGUGGCCACGCUCCCGCUAAGCACAUUGCCUGUCCAGCCCUUCCGGCGAAUCGGCGAUGGCCGGCGCGGCGCCGCACGUCAUGGUGCUGCCGUUCCCGGCGCAGGGCCACGUCACCCCGCUCAUGGAGCUGUCGCACCGCCUCGUCGACCACGGCUUCCAGGUCACCUUCGUCUGCACCGAGCCCAUCCACAAGCUCCUUCUUGACGCCCUGCAGCGGGACGCCGACGGCGACAGCGGCGGCGGUGAGGCGCUGGACGGGAUCCGCCUCGUCUCCAUACCGGACGGCCUGGCCGACGGCGACAGCCGCAGGGACCUAGGCAAGGUCCUGGCCGGGGUCUUGGGGCGCGUGCCGGGCUACGUGGUGGAGCUCAUCAGGGCGACGGAGGCGUCCGGGGAGAGGAAGGUGCGGUGGCUCGUCGCCGACUCCACCAUGGCGUGCUGCUACCAGGCCGCGAGGGAUCUCGGCGUCCGGGUCGCCUCCGUCUGCCCGGCGUCCGCGGCGUGCCUUGUCACGUCGCUCAGGAUUCCCCAGCUCGUACAGGAUGGCUUCUUCGACCACAAUGGUUUCCCGAAGAGAAACGGGAAGAUCGAGCUCGCCCCCGGUAUGCCGCCACUCUGCCCGACGCAAAUGGCAUGGAACAUCGACGGCGCGCCCGAAGGACGGCAGGCGGCUUUCGAGCUGGUGUUGGGGAUGGCUCAGGUAACCGGCCUCGCCGAGAUAGUCAUGUGCAACUCGUUCCUCGAGGCCGAGACCGCGGCGUUCGAGCUGUGCCCGGACAUAGUGCCCAUCGGCCCGCUGUUCGCCGACCAGGAGCUCCGGAAGCCCGUCGGGCAGUUCUGGCCGGAGGACGCGAGCUGCUUGGAAUGGCUGGACGCGCAGCCCGAAGGCUCCGUCGUGUACGUGGCGUUCGGCAGCUUCACCAUCUUCGACCCGCGGCAGUUCCGGGAGCUGGCCGAGGGGCUGGAGCUCACCGGCCGGCCGUUCCUGUGGGUGGUGCGCCCGGACUUCACCUCCGGCGGCCUCAGCAAGGCGUGGUUCGACGAGUUCCAGAAGCGCGUCGCCGGCAAGGGCGUGAUCGUCAGCUGGUGCCCCCAGCAGCAGGUUCUGGCGCAUCCGGCGGUGGCGUGCUUCGUGUCGCACUGCGGAUGGAACUCGGCGAUGGAGGGGGCAAGGAACGGCGUGCCCAUCCUGUGCUGGCCCUACUUCUCCGACCAGUUCGCAAACCGGAGCUACAUUUGCGACAUUUGGAGGACUGGUUUGGGCGUGACGCAUGGCGAGGAUGGCAUCGUGACCAAGGAAGAGGUGAAGACCAGACUCGAACAGCUCACCGGCGACAAGGGAAUUGCGGAGAGGGCACGGGUGCUCGGGGAUGCAGCUCGCAAGAGCGUUAGCGAAGGCGGCUCCUCGUACGAUAAUUUCAAGAGAUUUGUUCAUCUCCUGACGGAGUGAGCUGCACCAAUUCACUCUUCCUAGACUUCUAGUACCUUUAUCGUAGGAGAAUAUAUUAUAUUGGACUUUAGGGAAUCGCGGAGAGGGCAGGGAUGCUCAGGGAUGCAGCUCGCAAGAGCAUCAACGAGGGAGGUUCCUCGUACGAGAAUUUCAAGAGAUUUGUUAAUCUCCUAACGGAGUGAGCUGCACCAAUUCAAUCUAGACUUCUAGUAUCUUUAUCGUGGCAUUCUGAGAUAUGCUCAGGAGAAUAUAUUAUUUGACUUGCGAUCGAGAACA